UUCCGGCGCUGCUCUAGCCCCUCCCAUCGCUGGUUCCGGUGUCUCUGUGGCCUGUCGUGCAGGUGAAAGUCACUUUGAGGAAGCCGCUGCUUCGUCGGCCUCGUAACGAAAAAAGAAGCAUGUCUGAAGCCAUCAGACGCAAGAUAGACAACUACAAAACAGCUCCAUUUGACAGUAGGUUCCCCAACCAAAACCAAACACGGGGCUGCUGGCAGAACUAUCUUGAUUUCCAUCGGUGUGAGAAAGCUAUGAAUGCCAAAGGCAGCGAUCCCUAUGUCUGCCUGUGGUACAAAAAAGUAUACCAAUCCCUGUGCCCUUCUUUUUGGGUUGACAACUGGGAUGAACUUCGGGAAAAUGGCACAUUCCCAGGCAAAAUCUGAUGAUCUUCUGUCUGCCAGUUGCUCCCCUUCUCAGGAUGUUGCGCUGCUGAGUCCUUUCCAUGUGGUAUCUCUGAAGGAUCGUCUGAAACUGCUCUUGUCUGCUUGAGCAUUUGAAUCACUUAAUAGUACGGAAUCUUGGAUAUUACCCAUUCUAAUAAAAUGCAUAAUACCUA